UGUUGAUGCAACAUUUGCAUCUGGUCUUGGAAGACUGGUAAAUGACUCGGAGCACAAGAUGGCAAAUUGUCUAAUUAAAAAAAUCGAAAUAAAUGGCCAACCUCGUUUAGCAAUUUAUGCUAAACGAGACCUAAAUAUGGGGGAAGAAUUGCGCUAUGAUUAUGGUGUGAAGGACCUGCCUUGGCGCAAGAGGAAAGGUAAUCUGUACUAG